UAAAUAUUUAACCAAAAGCAAAUCCAUUAGCGGGCUACCUGUGAUCAAACAACGAAAAGACUGAGGAAGGAAACUUAAAAGCUGUAAAAGGUUAGGUAUCAAGAAAAAGAAUCCGAGCAACAAGGUAUGUUAUAAUAUUGAAGGCUUUUAGAAAAAGCCACCACCAUCAGUUGAAAUCAAGUAAGCAUUGCUAUUGAAAAUCACGAAUAAAAAUAUAUUGUUCUUAAAUAAUUAAGAGACCAUUAAAACACGAUUAACCAUCUGAAAAGCCUAGCAAUUGACAUUGCUUCUGGUGCUCGCUUAGCGAUGGCAGAUCUCGCUUUACAGGGGCAAAACAGUAUCGAUGUGGGCAAAGCUUACGUGGAUUUAGGUCAAUAUGGCGAGGCUAUCGACUGUUUCGAAAACUCGUUACAGAUAGCAGCGGCAAUCGGCAACCAAUAUGGUAUAGUUCAUGCUAAUAUGUAUUUGGGAGAUGUUUACCAAAGAUUAAAAGACUAUGAAAGAGCUAUUAGCUGUUUGAAAGAAAGCUUACAAAUUAGCACGACCAUUGGCGAUACGUAUUUAAUGGCAAAAAGCAAUCGCCAGUUAGCGAAUAAUUAUUAUUCCUUAAGAGAGUUGGAAAUCGCAAUUAGCCAUUGGAAAAAAACAUUAGAAUUAGGAACAGCAAUUGACAAUAAAGAAAUAAUAGCAAAAACCAAAUACAGUUUAAGCUACUCUUACGUUGAGCUAGGAAGAAACGACGAGGCACUUUUAUGUCUCGAAGAAGCGUUAAGAAUUUUCACCGCCAUUGGCGACCAGAAAGGGAUAGUUGAAGCUAAUAUGAGUUUGGGCAGAUUUUAUCAAGGAAUGAAAGACUAUGAAAAAGCAAUUAGCUUUUUGAAAGUCAGCUUAGAAAUUAGCACGGCCAUUAGUGAUCAGUCAUUAAUGGCUGAACAGAAUAGAAAUCUAGGUGAUCUUUAUCGUUGUAUAGAAAAGUGGGAAAGCGCAAUUGACUAUUAUAAGAAAACAUUAGAAUUGGGAAAAGUAAUGGACGAUCCAGGGGAAACAGCAAAUGUCAAAUGGAAAUUAGGCAUUUGUUACUUUAAACUAAAAAGAAAUGAAGAAGCACUUCAAUGUUUCGAAAAAGCAUUAAGAUUUUUCACCGCCAUUGGUCACCAGAAACGAAUAGCUGAUUGUAAUAGCCGUUUAGGUCACAUCUAUUCUUUAUUCAGUGAAUAUGAAAAGGCAUUUGCUUACUUAAAACACGCUUUAAACAUAUAUAAGGCUAUUGAUGACAAAAAUGGAAUUAUAUAUGUCAGUAACGAAUUGGGCCGUGUUCACCAGAAUAAAGGUGAAUACAGUAAAGCCAUCGAAUGGCACAGAGAGUCUUUAGAGAUAGCAAAGACGGUCUGUGACCAAGCAGGUAUAGUGGAAGCCAACUGUGAUUUGUCAUUGAUUUACCAAAGAUUAGGGGAGCAUGAAAAGGCCAGUAGCUAUAUAGAAGAUAGCUUUAAAAUCGACAUGGCUAUUACUGAUCAGCCAGUAAGAGCAAAAAUGUAUUUCUAUUUAGGCAGUAUUUUGUUUCAAUCUAAAAAGUGGGAAAAUGCAAUUGACUAUUAUGAGAAAGCAUUUAAAAUUUUCAUAGCAGAGGGCGAUCAAACCGCCAUAAUAAUGAUCAAUGGCAACUUGGGAACUUGUUACCGUGAACUAGGAAUGUAUGACAAGGCUUUGAAUUAUCACAAAGAGAGUUUAGAAUUAGCCAAAACGACUGGAAUGCGAUCAGGGAUAGCACAAGCCAAUAGACACAUCGGUGCUAUAUAUAGACUGUUGGGUGAUACUGAAAAAGCCAUUGAACAUGGUAAAAAAAGUUUAGAAAUAAGCACUGAUAUUGGCGAGCCGUUCAUGAUAAUGUGCAGUUAUGAAGAACUUGCAACAGUUUAUAAGAGUUUAGGAGAAUAUAAAAUGGCAUCAUCAUAUUUAGUAAAACUUAUAGAAGUACUAGAAAAGCAGUUCCAAAAUACGGUUCCAGAUGAAAACAAACUUUCCUUCACAAGUUUUUUCUGUAGAGCCCAUGGAAAGUUAAUGAGUUGUUUUGUUUCUUUGGGGCGCAUAGAAUCAGGAUUAUUAGUGGCUGAUCUGGGAAGAGCUAAAGAGCUCCAUUUUUCUAUUGAAAGGAAACAAAAUUAUUUAGAUACAGAGUUGUUUUAUUACGCACAAUCUAUAUGGAGCAAAAUUGAGAAAAGGGAGGAAAAUCGAGAAAUGGGGCGAAUACAGAACAUUCUUCGGGUAGAAAAUGAUGAAACUUCAAUAGUGUUAUUUGCGUUUGAUCUGGAUGAAGGUUCUCUGAAGGUUUGGGUUUUGAAUAGUGAUGUCACCUUCAAGUGCUUGAUGCCAGAUGCAGCAAUGGAUAUAUUGUUGCCCCUGUUGAUUAGGUUUUUCAAAAUGACAAGUGUUAAUGUUAAUCGAGAUUCUUCAUUUUUUAAACUUGAUUCACUUGCGAAUGAACAUAGUUUUGAAAGUCGCAUGAGGUCACCGCCAACCAAGCCGGGUAAAGGAGAAAAGGUUGAAGGCUUGCACGAAAAAACUCCGAGCGAUGAUAAUUGCAGCGACGAAAGUAGUAUGAGAAAACUGUUCGAUUUUCUCAUUCAACCGAUAAGAGAUGCGGUCAAAGGCAAUAAGCUCAUUGUUGUUCCUCACGGCCCACUGUUUUUUGUACCAUUUUCUUCCCUGAUUGAUGAAAAUGGGAAGUAUUUAUCUCAGAGUUACAGCAUUCAAGUAACGCCUUCAUUGCACACUCUGACGUUUACUAAAGAACAACCCGAUGUCUCUGACCUCGGUUUUGCGUUGUUUGUUGGUAAUCCAAAAGUUGGAAAGAUUUCUUUGCAUGGUACAGAUUUCACACCUACUGACCUAACCAAAGCGGCUGAGGAAGUUGCAAGUCUUGCAAAGCUUUUCACAGCAAGGCCUCUAGUAAAAGGUGAAGCGAAAAAACAGGUUGUUCUCGGACUUUUAAGUGAUGCUAGUAUAAUUCAUAUUGCUGCUCAUGGUGAACCGAAGAAAGGUGAAAUAAUGCUUGCUCCUGACCUUUCCUUAAAUGAACCAUCUUCUUCUCUUCCUAAUCCAGAUUCCUAUCUCCUCACACAGAAGGAUAUUACGAGUAUUUCAUUGCAAGCUCGCUUGGUCGUCCUAUGCUGUUGUCACACAGGCCAAGGUGAGGUUUCUUCAGAAGGUGUCAUAGGUAUAGCCCGGUCUUUUCUUGCUGCUGGAGCUCGCUCUGUUCUCGCCACACUCUGGCCCAUUAGCGAUGAUGCAACAAAAGAGUUUAUGGAAGCAUUCUAUGACGAACUGCUUCAGGAAACACCAGUUUGUGAAGCGUUAAGAAGGGUAAAGAACUUCUUUCAGCAACACGAAAGAGAAGAUUACCGCUCCUUUUUUAUUUGGGCUCCAUUUACUCUCUAUGGAGAGGAUGUGAUGUUUACAAAAGGCGACAUUGAAACGAUCAGAGAAAAAUCCAGUGAAACUCUACCCGAGUGUGGUUUUGCCUUGUUUGUUGGUAAUCCAACGUCUGACUUGCCUAAAGCCACAGAGGAAGUUCAUUCUCUUUCAAAGCUUUUCAAAGCCAAGGCGUUCGUGGAAGGCGAAGCCAGAAAACAGGUUUUGCUGGGACUUUUGAGCGGGGCAAGUAUUAUCCAUAUUUCUGCACAUAUGGAACCUAAGCAAUGUGCAAUAAUACUCUGUCCAUGUUUCUCCUCAAAUCAAGCAUCUUCCACUCUUCCCAAACAGGAUGACCUUUUGACGCAACAGGAUGUUCAGGGCCUUUCUCUAAAAGGUGGCUUGGUUGUUUUAUGCCUGUGUCACUCUGGGCAAGACGAAAUCUCUCCAGAAGGUGUUGAAACUUUAGCUCUGUCUUUUCUUGCAGCCGGAGCUCGCUCUGUUCUUUCCACACUAAGGCACAGUGAUGAUGAUGCAACAACGGAGUUUAUAAAAGGAUUUUAUAAUCACUUGCUGCAUGAAUCAUCAGUCAGGGAGGCGCUAGAAAAGACAAAGGAACUCUUUGAAAAGCACGAUAAAGAGGCCUACCGAUGCUUUGUAAGCCGGGCUCCGUUUACAAUCUACGGCGAAGAUGUGAUGUUUCAAAAACACGACAUCGAAACGAUAAGAGAGAAAUCUGACAAAAUGUUUUCUGGUUUUGUUAUAUUACCAUGUGAUGAGCUUUCUGGUUCGUUAAUUUGCAAAUCUUAACCUGCAAGAUAAACCGUAGCAUAGGUAAUCGUUGUCUAUUAUGUAGUUCAUGUUUAGGAAGGUUAUUAAUCUUACAGGUUCUGCUCAAUAUAAUUAUUUGUACGUUUUUUAUUCUUUUGGCCUCGCUAAUACAGAAUGGGGGAGCAGACUGGCUGUAAAAUUUUGAAUUACAUAUUUUACUCAAUCAUGUAAUCAUGUAAUCGUGUACUUAGGUUUGUGGGAAAUUCAAGAUGUGGAUUGCUAACGUAUCCAAAUAGUUCACAAUCAUAUAAUUAUCUUAACCGGAGGAUAUGUAAACAUCUGGGUUUUAUGUUUGUGUGUGUUUAUGUUAAGUGUAAAUAAAUAAAUACUAAGUGUAUUUAUACCAUGCAAAUUUUGUGAGCGAAUUUCAUAUCGGCCAUUAAAGAAUUGAUUAUAAAUUCAAGCGAAUUAAAUAUCGUAGAUUAUAUAUCGUUGAAUUUGGUUAUAGAUUUUCUACCUUUCUACGGCUCUCCAAAUGCCCUAGUACAAACAGAAGUAGCUACUAAAUUUAUGUGAAAUUUCUUCUCACCACAAUUAACAGCUAUUUUCCAGAGUUUGGUGUGUGUUAGACAACAAGCGAUUAACUCUAUGGCAUGACGAUCACCACGCAAAGAUCUUUCUGGUUUCUGGUGUAAGUAUAUAAUUCAACCUGCAACUUAGAUUUAGUUUAGUAAACCUCCUUGAAUGCAGGUGCAUAGGCACUGCGCCUGCGAAACACUACUCUUGCGGUAAAGAGGAGAGGUUUUCUUGUUGCAUCAUCACAUAGCUGAUAAACCAAUUCAUCAAUUGGAAAAUCGAAGAGGCUGCCAUGCUGUAUGCUACUCCAUCUGGAUCAUGUUGAACUACAAUUUGAUGAAUUUUUCAAAAAUUAUCUAAUGUCUUUUUUGCACAUUUCAAAGAUAAACGAACUUGCUUCGUGCGUGAAAAUUUUCCCUCAAUUUUCUGCUCAAUACCAUACAAUGGUAGAACUAAUAUUGAAUGUUUACGAGGGCAAUGGUAAAGAAUAUUUUCAGGUGAAAGUUAGAUUGAUUAUUUCAUUCAUCGAGGAGAAUGAUUUGUUUUAUACAACACAAAAAAAAAACACUAACAAGAUCUAAUGUUAUUGAAUAAACAGUUUGUGUUUAUGAGUUAUUCCAUGUUCGGAUUCGUGAUCAAAUGUGUGCAAUUACGCCUUACGAUUAAUAUUGUGAGUGAUUAAAUUUUGUGAAAAAGCAACUGUGCAUUGAGAAAACUUCGGCGGCUUGGCAGUGCAAUGGAAACAUUCAUUACACGGUCAGUAAAAUGGAGAAUUUUAUCUAAUGCCACGUAAUCACAAACAACCAAUUGAAAGACUUGAAAUGAAUAAGGUAUUAAAUAAUUGCAUUAUUUUACUUCCAUUGGAGGAUGAUGAAGAAAUGCUCGUGAACAACGCUACUGAGAUCUUUGCAGCUUCAUAUUAAUUCUAAACAUGGAUCUAAUAUGAAUAAGUAGCUAUUACUCGCUAUAAAUUGUUACAAAGCACAGUACUUAGUUAUCUUAAAUGAAAAAAACAUUGACUAUUAACCAACAUUCUAUAACCUGGUGGAAAAAGAACAUCUAGAUUUUAUUGGCAUAUCACAAGAAUAAGAAAGAACAAAUAUGAUUAGAGUCUUCGUACCCUGUACAGAAUACCACGUCCCAAAUUAGCAGGCAGUCAUGGCCUAUAUAGUUGCGCGAGAACAUCGCGUAAACCUUAGGAGAAUCAGUCAAAAAAACCUUCGCAAGGAAGUCAUGAGUUGAAAAGGAAUGGAAAGUUGCAAAGUUUCCGUGGGAAACUUUGCGAAUUUGCCCGUUUCAACGGAAUACAAAGUGCUGGGAGCACGGAAACACAUGAACUAAAGACGAUGAAAUUACAUGAGUUAAAAAAUGAAGUAGACGAACGUAAAAAAGGUGAAGAGACGUGUUAUUACGUAAAAUGCAGAAAGAUAAGCUGGGAGAUUAAAGCCAAACAGUAUAACUAUCGAUAUUUACCAUGUGGCUUACAGUGACUGUGAUAAAAGUGACUCUUUCACCUAAGAUUAUAACAUGUCCGCUUCAAGGGAUUAAAAAUGGCCUUUAUGGCGAAGCAAUGGCCGUACUAUAAAUGGAUUCAAAGGUUAUUAGUUUAUAACGUGUAUUUCUUUCAAUCAUCGCUAUUUUAUUCGAACAGUAUUUCUCGUGGAAAAGGUUGCCAUAAAAAUUAUUGUCUUAUGAACUUCACACCUUGAAGCGAUGGAAACUAACAAAGAGGACACGGACACUCCACAAGAUGGUUAUAAAAAAUGUUGGUCAUAAUCUAAGUAGAAAAAUUAAAUAAUUAAAAUAGACAUAUAGAGUUAAGAUCAGCCCUAUUAAAAGUGGUGGAAAUAGAAGUGUUCUUAAUAAACCUAUUAUA